AUGAGUGGGGUGUGGGGGACCGGGGGGCCUCGGUGCCAGGCGGCGCUCGCGCUCCUGGCCUCGCUGUGCCGGGCCCGGCCGCCCCCUCUCGGGUUGGACGUGGAGACUUGUCGGAGCUUCGAGCUACAGCCCCCAGAGAGGAGUCCGAGCGCGGCCGACUCAGGCACCUCUGUCAGCCUCCUCGCAGCCGUAGUGAUUGUGUGUGGCGUGGCCCUGGUGGCAGUUUUUCUCUUUCUCUUUUGGAAGCUGUGCUGGAUGCCCUGGAGGAGCAAGGAGGCCUCCAGUCCCGCUUCUGCUAACCCUCCCCCGGACGCCCUCCAGAGCCCAGGCUCCAGAGGCAACAUGGCAGACAAGCUGAAGGACACCAACACGCUGGGCUUCCUAGAGGCGGCUGUGAAGAUCAGCCACACGUCCCCAGAUAUCCCAGCCGAGGUGCAGAUGUCAGUCAAGGAGCAUAUCAUGCGUCACACGCGGCUGCAGCGACAGACCACAGAGCCAGCAUCAUCUACCAGGCACACGUCCUUCAAGCGCCACCUGCCACGGCAGAUGCACGUCUCCAGUGUGGACUACGGCAACGAGCUGCCGCCGGCGGCAGAACAGCCCACCAGCAUUGGCCGAAUCAAGCCUGAACUCUACAAGCAGAAGUCGGUGGAUGGGGACGAUGCCAAGUCGGAGGCUGCCAAAAGCUGCGGGAAAAUCAACUUCAGCCUGCGCUACGACUACGAGAGCGAGACCUUGAUCGUGCGCAUCCUGAAGGCCUUCGACCUCCCUGCCAAGGACUUCUGUGGCAGCUCUGACCCCUACGUCAAGAUCUACCUCCUGCCUGAUCGCAAGUGCAAGCUGCAGACCCGGGUGCACCGCAAGACGCUGAACCCCACCUUCGAUGAGAAUUUCCACUUCCCAGUGCCCUACGAGGAGCUGGCCGAGCGCAAGCUACAUCUCAGUGUCUUCGACUUCGACCGCUUCUCCCGCCAUGACAUGAUCGGAGAGGUCAUCCUGGACAACCUCUUCGAGGCCUCCGACCUGUCCCGGGAAACCUCCAUCUGGAAGGACAUCCAGUAUGCCACCACUGAAAGCGUGGAUCUGGGAGAGAUCAUGUUCUCCUUGUGCUACCUGCCCACAGCGGGCCGGCUCACCCUCACAGUGAUCAAAUGUCGGAACCUCAAGGCAAUGGACAUCACAGGCUACUCAGAUCCAUAUGUCAAAGUGUCCCUGAUUUGUGACGGACGGAGACUGAAGAAGAAGAAGACAACCAUAAAGAAGAACACUCUUAAUCCUGUCUACAAUGAAGCCAUCAUCUUUGAUAUUCCCCCAGAGAACAUGGAUCAAGUCAGCCUGCUCAUCUCGGUUAUGGAUUAUGAUCGAGUGGGCCACAAUGAGAUCAUAGGAGUCUGCCGCGUGGGGAUCAACGCUGAAGGCCUGGGCCGGGACCACUGGAACGAGAUGCUGGCGUACCCACGGAAGCCCAUCGCACACUGGCACUCCUUGGUGGAGGUAAAGAAAUCCUUCAAAGAGUGGCAGGGCCGGGCUGCCAGCUUUGACAGCGAGAGCUCGUGCCCGUCUCCGAAACCACCUCCCACACCAUGAGCCGCGCGGCCGGACGCCACCAACGGGACUCAGCGAUGUUCUUUUUGCACUCGUCCCACCGUCCGAACAGUGUUGCGCAGGGGCAGCGGUGGCCGUAGCACGAGUCUUAACCGCUCCUGUGUAGGUCAAGGCCAAGACCCUUGUCGUGUGGCCAGACCUGUCUUAGUCUUUCUUGUCUCCCAAGGUGAUGUUUUCUGUGGUUUUCACUUUUUAUGGAUCGGCUGCCAAGAAGGGAAGGGGGGAAGAGUAGGAGAGAAAGAAGAGUGGAGAGCCCAGAAGCUGGUUCAUAUGAAAUACAAUGUAAAAUAGUUGUCUUUCCCGGGGGACGUGGUUUGAGUUCCUGCAGUGUUGUGUCCCCACCAAGCUCCACAAGCCUGUAGAAGAAGGACAUGGGAUGGAGCCACGGCUGCGUCUGCAGUGGCCUGCAGAAAGAUGCAAAUCGGGCCAAGAGCCUUUACAAGGCGCGCUGUGACCCUGGGAAGCUCAUCGCCGCUGUGACACAGACCGAAGUGUAGGCUCCUGGUCCUACGGUGAAAUCACGAGUGCUCCGAGGUAUCCUCGCACCUUCCGCAGGUCGUGCAGGGCUCCUCCCCGCCCCCCUUUCCUUGUUGACUUUCCUCAUCAUCUGAAAAUGUCUUGAUCCCUCGUGGGAACUUAGUCCCUUUCUUUAGGAAUGGUUCUGCUGAAACUAAACAUGCUGUAUGUUUUCUGGCACACCACAUUUAACGACCACAUUUGUUUGAAUACGGGAUCUUUGUUCUCAAAAAUAACCUUCGUUGUAAAGAAGAGAAGGCACACGUGUUCCAGAAUGACUUCGGUGUUAUGCGUAGCUUUACUAAUCCCAUGAAGUAUCAAGCAACUGUUGAAAAUGCCUAAAUAGGUCAAAGAAACACCUAGAUAAAAUGUUCUUUGGGGAACGGGGAGUUUUAAUCCAAGUCAUAGCUGGAAUCCAUCUUUCCGUGACGAGAAUCUUCUUGAUUGAAACAAAGUCAGCUUAAGCCUAUUUCAGCCCCCCUGACUCUGGGACAAUAUCCAUCUUAAACUUUAGUUCUAUAGAUUACUAAGUACUUCAGUGUUUGUUUCAGUGGUAGUGAAGAUUUUUUGGGUUUUUUUCCCUUUAGAUCUCUACCUUAGGCCAAAUUCAGUUUAGGAAAAAAAACAUGUUUCAACUCUUCUGUAUUGUAAUAGUAUGUUUCUGUUGAGUUCAUAUUGGUCUUCCCACCAACCACCUAUAACUCAGUUGAUUUGCUCAAUCUCAGUCUGUACAGCCCUGGUAAAUUCGUGGAGGUGAGUUUCUACUUUAUCUGUGACUACACAAUGCCAACUUCCAGAGUUGUGUGUGUGACUUGCAAGAGGCAAGUCUGCUGAAGAACACCUUCUUCCACCAAUGGAAGGUCAAGAAGGGAAAAGCUAUUCACACACCUUGUGUCUUACUCUUUAUAUAUGUCACAUGCUUCAGGAGCAGAAACUCAAUAAAGUAACCCUCACCUUAAGCCAAGUUAUCAGGUUUCUCUGCUGAUAUAACUUUAGGCAGUGUCUUCUACCCAAAGUUCAGAUGGGCAUGAGGAUGACCAGGAUAUUGUGGCCAGAGAUGUUUUCAGCUUAGAAAAGUAAGGGCAGAUAAACCAAACUCCACUCGGUACUGAGCCUUAGGCUAGGAGCUAAUGUGUCAUUGGUAUAAAGAUAAGUUUUCUCUCCAAAUGUCUUACGAUUGAUAGGCCAUCCUAGUCAGGCAGUACUGCAGCUGGAUAUUCUUUUGAGAGUGAGGGAGAAAACCCAAAGUCAUGCAUGGCAAGACUCAGAGCAGGCCAUAAACUUCAUUCUGUCUCUUGACUCUAGACUGACCCCGUCAACGACACAGCCAGCUCGAUCACUGAGCAGAUGUCGUGGGUCCUGCAACUAGGAAGGGGACAGUUGAGUUUCCUGGGUCAUGAGCAGCCCAGAAAUGAGUGUGAGAGGGCGUUUCCAGAAGUGAUCUCAAAACGCAUAUCCAGCUGCCAUCUUCAUACCCCUAGACACAUGAGGAUGACCACUCGACUCUUUUGGAGGAGGGAGUAUGAUCGGUGUGAAUCUCAUGGAAUAGUUACUGCUCUCAGAUAUUCCUUUUAUGUCCAAGCAGCUAACUCACACAGAGUGAACCUCCCAGUGGUUUUGGGAAAUCAUUUCCUGAGCAGAUUAUGGUCAGCCCCACACCACCUACCCAACUGCCACCGCUCCCAUUACAGCAGUCUUGGUAAAUUUCUACAGGCUGGGAAGCCUACCCCAGGGAAGCUCUCGGCUCCAGGAACCCCACCCCCAGUGUCUUCUGGGGGGACUAGUCCUCAACCCAAAGCAUGAAUGAACCUGAAUGUCUGCCAACUUCAUUA